UGAUCGAUGAAGGACGGAGAUGAUUUCCGUCUAUCCAAGGCGGCCGAGAACCAGUUGGCGCGCACAUUGCGCAAUGAAGAAAGCGGGCGUACGCGGCACACAGGCCGCGACGACCGUGCUACGACGGAACAGGUGCUGGACCCGCGCACUCGAAUGAUUCUGUACAAAAUGCUGAACCACGGCAUUGUGACGGAGAUUAACGGUUGCUUAAGCACGGGAAAAGAGGCCAACGUGUACCAUGCUCGACUACCUGAUGGCCGCGAGGGCGCCAUCAAGGUCUACAAGACUUCUAUCCUGGUCUUCAAGGACCGUGAAAAGUACGUCUCGGGCGAGUUUCGCUUCCGCCACGGCUACUCCAAGAGCAACCCGCGCAAGAUGGUCAAGCUCUGGGCCGAGAAGGAGAUGCGCAAUCUACGCCGCCUCCGAGACGCCGGCAUCUAUUGUCCUGCGCCCAUUCUGCUGCGCUCGCACGUGCUGCUCAUGGACUUUAUUGGCCUCGACGGCUGGGCUGCCCCACGCCUUAAAGACGCCAAGAUCAGCGACAAUCGCUAUCGAGAAUGCUAUCUCUAUUGCAUCAAGAUGAUGCGCACCAUGUAUCAGAAAUGCCGCCUCGUGCAUGGCGACUUGAGCGAGUACAACAUCCUGUACUACCAGGCCAAGCUUUACUUCAUUGAUGUGUCGCAGUCUGUGGAGCAUGAGCACCCGAGUGCCCAUGAUUUCUUGCGUAAAGAUUGCCGUAAUAUUGCCGAUUACUUCCGCAAGACUGGAGCACUGAACCCCAUGACGACACAGGAGCUGUUCGACUUUGUCACGGACCCGCGCAUUGCUGACGAGGACGUGGACGACCAUUUGGAAGCGAUUCAGCGCAUGAUCGCUGAUCGUCCUGUGGAGCGUACGAAUGAGGAGCAAGUGGACGAAGCAGUGUUCAUGAGCACAUUCAUCCCUCGCUCGUUAGGCGAAGUCCUGCACUCGGAGCGUGAGCAGCUCGCAUAUCAAGAGGGAACGAUGGAAAAGGCUUUGGUGACGGCCAUCUCGCGCCUCGAAGUCGAGCAGGGAACGCCGUCGGCUCCGGCCACGCAGGGCACGCGAAUCAUGGAUCUCUUGAACGAGGAGGAUGACCAGGAGAUCGUUUCUAGUGAUGACGAUGAUAGCGAUGAAGGUGCUCCAAGUGAGAGCGACUUCGACAGCGACUACGAUGACGAAGACGAUGCAGAAGUAUCACCAUUGGGGAAAAUGCCCCUGACAGACGAGCAGCGAACUGCGUAUAGGCAAGAAAAGCGUGAUGAACGUGAAAAACAAAAGGCAGAAGACAAGCUGAACAAGAAGGCGCGCAAGCAGGAGACCAAAGAGGAAAAGAAAGCCAAGCGGCAAACAAAGAUCCCAAAGCACGUCAAGAAGCGCCACAAGAAGCUGGCGCAUCAGAAGAAGAAAAAAUAA